AUGGGACAUCUUACUGACGAAGUUCUUUCCACAAUAAUCUCAGAGUUGUACUCGGUUUACAAGAAGCCGUACAUUAGCCUAAAACUUUUAGACUCAGACGCACCUUUUUACUCGAGCAAAAUAGGUGGAAUACCAUAUUACCCCAAAGGCAUGAUAUACCCAACAAAUUCAAAUAAAGAUUAUAUGUACCUUCUCGCUCAAAUAAAUUUCAGUGAAAUGCCGAAAUUAAAAAAUUUCCCGACCACAGGAAUUCUUCAGAUAUUUAUAAACCCGGACGAUGAAUUUGGACUCUAUGACGCUGAUGGAAAGUACAACCCAAUUUUACAUAAAGUGAUUUACCACGAAAUUGUUGAUUUGGAUGAAAACCACCAGCAAACACUUCCCAAUGAUGUUGCUCAGAAUUACAACACAAAGCACGAAAUUGAAAAUAAAGUCCUCCCGUUUAAUUCAGUCUUUGCGCUCAAAGGAAAGUUGAAGGAGGGGGCUAGUUUCAGGUGGUACAAAGCAGACCAAAUUAUCGAUAAAAUGGCUUUGAAAUACAACGUCUCAAAUGAUGAGUUAUACAACGCAAUAAUGGAGGACGAUAGACUAAGACCACAAUUGUGUUCAUUGGGCGGAUAUCCAAACUUCGCACAAGAAGAUCCUAGAAGUGACGAUACAUAUGACACUUUGUUACUUCAAUUGGAGUCAAUCAAAGUCUCAAAACACAAGGAAAUAAUGUGGGGCGAUUGUGGUGUCGGAAAUUUCUUUAUUUCAACGGAAAAUUUGAAGAAAAGAAAUUUUGAUGACGUGCUUUAUAACUUCGACUGUUGUUAG